AUGCGAAAGUAUAUUGAUUUUUCCAUCGAGAAGAAGCGUUUGGUGAAAAAAUUAUGCUUUACAAAAACAUAUGGAAGUAGAUUGAAUAUGAAUCUAGUGAUUCUAAUUCUUGCCUUCCUCGCACUAUUCAGUGACUAUGUUGCUGGCGAAUAUUCAGGGAGGCGAAGGCAUCAGUAUAAUUUACAAAAUGUGAAUGAUAAUGACAAAGAGUACUUAAUUGAGCAACUUUCGAAUUAUAUUGAAGAACAAGCACGUCGUAAAUUUCAACAACAGAUGCAGUUCCAACAGCAUCAUCAAAAGCAAUAUGCAUCUGUUCCACAACAGAUUAAUGGACCUGGAUUUUCUUUCCAACUUCCACAAUACACUAAUGGAGGAUUUGGAAGUGUGAAUGAUGAUUUUGACUUUGCAGUCACUCCAUUUGAUCCACGUUAUUAUGAGCCAUCUACACAAAACUUUGAGGAUUUUGACGAGCAGAAUGUUGACGACGAUUUGACUCUUGACACAGAAAUAGGUGUUAAGACAGCUAGUGUUGAAGUUCCAAUGAAUGAAAAUAAAAAUAAAAUUUUAAUUCCAUCACCAAUGCAUGUAAAUGAUGCACCAUCACCAACUGAUACACAAUCACAACGCAUAUUACAUCGUGCUCAACAAAAACAAUUACAGCAACAACAGCAACAGCUUCUUAAUAAGCAAACAGAUGUGUUACAAAAGCCAUUGCAAGUAGAAUUUGAUAAUACAACAAGUUUGUAUAUAGUGGCUUUGAUUGCGGGUCUAUCAUGUGCUUUCUCAACAGGCCUGAUUGCACUGGCUCUUAUGUACUAUACGCUGAAGAAAAAAGUCAAAACAGCUGACCCAUGCGACUAUGCAUGUGAUUAUGCUAUUGUUGGGCCUCGAAAUAUUAAAAGUAUGGAUCCGCAACUCACAUUAGGUGAUAAAAAACUUGCUCAUUCAGCACAAAUGUUUCACUAUCAGCACCAAAAGAAUCAAAUAAUUGCGAUGGAAAAUAACCGAACUGAAAUGGGCCAUAAUGACGAUGAAAAUGAUUCGGAUGAAAAUGAAAAUGACUUUACUGUUUAUGAGUGUCCAGGUCUAGCUGAAUGGUCCGAUUCAGGAAUAGAAGUUAAGAAUCCGCUGUUUUCCGAAGAAACUCCAGCAACAAAAACUGAAAAGGCACAGCCUACAAACAAGACCACAACUAAGAAGUAA